AUGUUUGUAAUCGUCUAUAUAUUUUUCGGUAUUCCGCUUUUUCUUAUUACAUUGGCUGAUUUGGCCAAAUUUUGCACAGAAUUUAUCAACCGAGUAUAUGCAGAGGUGCUGAAGUACAAAUUUGUAACAAGCCGUAAAUUUCAUAAUCGUGCCGAAGUGCCAAUUCACGAAAUUAUUAUUGCUGGAGGAGAAGACGAAGUUGCAGAAUUUUUGUGGACACAUUUGGAAAAUACGCAUUUUGUUGAAGUACCUUUUGUCAUCGUCUAUGUAUUAUUAUUUGUAUAUGUAAUCGCUGCAAGCUACCUCAUUUCACGGAUCGAAGGAUGGACCAUCUAUGAUGGCUUUUACUUUGUCAUGAUCUCCGUACUCACGAUCGGAUUUGGAGGUUCAUUUAAAUUUUUUCAUUUUCAAAGGAGUGUGCAAAUAGCUCAACUCAUAAAUACUUUAGUCAGCUGCUGA